AUUCACGACAGAGACAAACAGUCGGCUCAAAAAAGGGAAGCGACAGGAAAACGUGAUUCAAGCCAAGGCUCGUGAUAGUUGCCCCUGGAGCUUUACGCCUUUUCCGUGUGUCGAACCAUCGGGCCUUGUCUGGCUUGUUCGCGUUGGCUGAGCUCGGCCGCCAGCGUUACUGCUGUUGUUUUUUUCAUUGCUUCUUCUUGGCUUGCUCUUUUUUUCUUCUUCUGCGUGUUCAGCCCUGCCCAGCCCUGCCAGCCGAGCCCUCGUCUCAUUCGCCCGGGAUGGUGUCGGCUACCAACAAACACGGCUCAGCUCCUCCCACACACGCCCAGACCAGGACACGCGCCGCCGCCGCCGCACAGGCCCAGGCCCAGGCCAGCCAGUCGUCGCCGGUCAUCCUGGGCGAGAUACAGGUCCGCAGCGGCAGCAACAGCGCCGCCGACACCACCGCCAACGGCCUUGGUGCUGCCGCCGGGGUCAACAGCGGCCUGCUCGGGCUGGCCCACGCCGCAGCCUCGCCGCAGUCCGGCCGCGCCGGCUCCUCGUCCCUCAAGCGGGAGCGCCCCGACGAUGCCGACGCCGAGUCUCCGUACGGCCCGCCGCCCGACCAGCGGUUCGGCGGCCAGGAGCAGCAGUCGCCGUCCCAGCCGCUUCUCCCGGACGGGAGGAAGCGUCGCAGCGCCGCCGGCUCGGGCCGUGGCGUGGCCAAUCUGACGCCGGAACAGCUUGCCAAAAAGAGGGCCAAUGAUCGGGAGGCACAGCGCGCUAUCCGCGAGCGAACCAGGAACCAAAUUGAGUCGUUGGAACGGCGGAUCCGGGAACUGACCGCCCAGAGGCCGUAUCAGGAGCUUCAGGUUGUCAUCAGGGCCAAGGAGGCCGUCGAGGCCGAAAACGCCGUCAUCAAGCAGCGUCUGGCCUCGGUCAUCUCGACCCUGCAGUCGGUGGUUGCCGGCGCGGCUGGCGGUCUUGACAUGACCAUGCAGGGGCAGAUGCCCGACGUCAUGCAGGCGCCAGCCGUCUACCAGUCGCCGAGUCAAAACUACAUGCCCGCCCAAGGAGCGUCGCCCAUUGACGGCAUUCCCCGCCACGCGCCCACCCCAACAGGCACCGCCUCCCCGGAGGGCUCGGUGGACAUGGUCAACGGCCCGCAGACGAACGGCAGCCAUGCCCAGCCCAGGGACAUGAGCCAGCAGCGCCAACACAUGCAUCACGGCUUGGACAUGGGGUCCGAGCGGCUCGGCCUCGACUUCCUGGUCGGCGACCCCUCGCGCGUCCACCGCAUGCAGCCCAACAUCCACGGCGCCCAGGACACGCCCAACUACCGUCACGUGCCCAUGAAGCACGACCCCUUCCAGGACUCGGCCGAAGCUCCCUCGCUCGGCCAGAUGUCUAACCAGGAGCAGUCUGCCAUAGACCCUAACCUAGACCCUCGCCUCGACCCGCGCCUAGACCCCCGGCUAGACCCCAACUUGGACCCCCAGCUCGGCGGAGGCUCCCCGUACCCUGCCGCAGCUCACGAGGGCACGGCCGGCCAGCAGGUUGCGAUCCCGCUCAACUGCGCCCCGACGUGCCCGCUCGACAGCCUCUUGCUGGACUUCCUCAGCGAGCGCCGGCAGCGGGUGGCCGAGGGCCUAGCGACGUCCGAGAUCAUCGGGCCUCGCUAUCCCUCUGUCUCGUCGCUCCUCAACCCGGGCAACAGCCGCUUCUCGCACCCGCUGUCCAAAGUCUUUACCGACAUCCUGCAGACGUUCCCGGGCCUGGCCGGGCUGCCCGAGCGCGUUGCCGUGCUAUACAUCAUGUUCCUCAUCAUGCGCUGGCACGUUAGCCCGACACCCGACAACCUCGAGCGGCUGCCGCCCUGGUGCAGGCCCUCGCCCGCGCAGCUGUCGUGCUCGCACCCGGUCUGGUUCGACCACCUCCCGUUCCCGAUAAUGCGCGACAAGCUUGCGCGCGAGUACAGCGAAGCCACGGGUGGCGCCCCUUCAGUAGAGGGGGGCCUGAGCCGAGCCGAGACGGUCGGGGGCGACGCCGACGGGGCCAACGGCAGCGGCAGCAGCAACAGCAGCGCCAACGGCCGUGCCACCCCGCAGUCGUCGGCGUCGGCGACGUCGGUGCCGUCGGUGCCUUUUGAGCACUUCUUCAUCCCCUUCACCACCACCAUCUCGCUCAACUGGCCGUAUGAGGACACGGACGCGCUGCUGCAGAGCCAGGACGGCGACGAGCUCAUGAUAAACCCCGUCUUCGAGCGCCACCUGCGCCGCAACGAGAACUGGACCCUGGGCCCGGCCUUCCUGAGGGCCUUUCCCAGGCUCGAGGGCACAUUCAACCUCAAGACCGAGGACGGACGCAUCAUCCUGGCCAGCGAGAAAUAGGGCCCUAGGCGGCCGCUGCAGACGGGACAUUGAAGUCAAAACUUGGGGAAAAUAGCUAUAGACGACAGGGGCUGGGAAUAUAUAAUCAAAAUAAAAGGAGAGGACGGCGGCAGAGACGGCGCACAGGAGGAUAUCGAGGAGCGGGCGAAUAGGUCUUGAGAGGGUUGGCGUCGUUAUGUUGGGUGCAUAUUUACCGGCGUUUUGCUUGCCGCCGCAUCGGAUAUGCUUUAUUUAAUCAGCCCUGUCGCUAAACGAGAGCUGUGCCCGUCCUCCAAGACCGGCGUUGCUCGAUCGAGAAAGCUAGGCAGGUCAGACAAACAAACUACUAGGGGCGUACGUGGCAGUCUAUGCGGUGGAUAGGGUGUGCCGAGUGCCUCGAGCGUACAUGUGGCGUUUAUAGAAGGAAAAAGAAAACAUGGCUGCAGUUGCGCACAUUGCGAACGCCCUCCUGAUACAGAGGUUGUGUGAACUGCGAAAAGUGAAAGAAGAGAAAAACAU